GCCAAUCACGGGGAGGGAGGGAAACGAGGCGGCCAAUCGGAGCGCGGCGCCGCUGAGGGUGGGGCUCGGUUUAAAACGGGAGCCAAGGCGCGGGGUUCUGGCGUCGCAGCGGCCGUUGGGAGUCUGAGAGGCAGAGGCGCUUUGGGAGGGCAGGUUAACUCAAAAUGGCCGACGACGAGAUCGCUGCUCUGGUGGUGGAUAAUGGCUCUGGCAUGUGCAAGGCGGGGUUUGCGGGAGACGAUGCUCCCCGAGCGGUGUUCCCCUCCAUUGUGGGGCGUCCCAGGCACCAGGGGGUCAUGGUAGGGAUGGGCCAGAAGGACAGCUACGUGGGCGACGAAGCGCAGAGCAAGAGAGGCAUCCUGACCCUGAAGUACCCCAUUGAGCAUGGCAUCGUCACCAACUGGGACGACAUGGAGAAGAUCUGGCACCACACUUUCUACAAUGAGUUGCGUGUGGCCCCCGAGGAGCACCCGGUCUUGCUUACUGAAGCUCCCCUCAACCCAAAGGCCAACCGGGAGAAGAUGACGCAGAUCAUGUUUGAAACCUUCAACACACCAGCCAUGUACGUGGCCAUCCAGGCGGUGCUGUCCCUCUAUGCCUCCGGACGCACCACCGGGAUCGUCAUGGAUUCGGGCGAUGGGGUCACCCACACGGUGCCCAUCUAUGAGGGCUAUGCCCUGCCCCAUGCCAUCCUGCGCCUGGACCUGGCUGGCCGUGACCUGACCGACUAUCUCAUGAAGAUCCUGACGGAGAGGGGCUACAGUUUCACCACCACAGCUGAGAGGGAGAUUGUGAGAGACAUCAAGGAGAAGCUCUGCUAUGUCGCCCUGGAUUUUGAGCAAGAGAUGGCCACUGCUGCUUCAUCCUCCUCCUUGGAGAAGAGCUAUGAGCUGCCAGACGGGCAAGUGAUCACCAUCGGCAAUGAGCGUUUCAGGUGCCCCGAGGCCGUCUUCCAGCCUUCCUUCCUGGGCAUGGAGUCAUGUGGCAUCCACGAGACCACCUUCAACUCCAUCAUGAAGUGUGACGUGGACAUCCGCAAGGACCUCUAUGCCAACACAGUGCUAUCAGGUGGCAGCACCAUGUUCCCUGGCAUUGCUGACAGGAUGCAGAAGGAGAUCACGGCCUUGGCUCCCAGCACAAUGAAGAUCAAGAUAAUUGCCCCACCAGAGCGCAAGUAUUCCGUCUGGAUUGGGGGCUCCAUCCUGGCUUCCCUCUCCACCUUCCAGCAGAUGUGGAUCAGCAAGCAAGAGUACGAUGAGUCCGGCCCAUCCAUUGUCCACCGCAAAUGCUUUUAAUGCUCUUAGGUGGCCAAUCUUGUCUGCUCAAGUCAAUAGAUAUGUUUUGCUCUCCUUUUAUCUACGUUCUUCUCUACUGCAAAACCUCAGAAUUGUGCCAGUGCUUCUAACUCUCUGUCUCUUUCUGCAAUAUCUGUCUAGUGUAUUCCAACUCAUCUUGAUAGCCAUUCCUUUGACCUGUGACCACUUCUUCUAACCUUAGUGUAUGAGCAUAAAGCAUUUAGUUUUUUGUAGAUGUAAUAACAGAUGUCAAUAGUUCUCUUGCUGGCAGCUUUCUUGUCAGAAGAGCUAAUAAAAAGUGCUGGUAAUACAGUAA